AUGAAAGAUUCAAAAACUCACUGGGCUGAUUUGUUUUCAAAAUGGGGCAGGAAACUGCCCGGUCUGUCUGAGGAAGAAACUGAAAAAUUCCAGUCCGCUGUCAAAGCUGGGAAGCUCUCAGAAGCCAUUUCUGUGGUGAAGAAGUCUGAUGAAUUGCUAAGAAAUACCAAACUCAACAUCGCCAUCACAGGUAACGCUGGCUCUGGGAAGUCGUCUUUCAUCAAUGCCAUAAGAAGCUUGAAUGAUGAUGACAGUGGUGCAGCUAAGAUUGGGCUGACAGAAACAACAAAGGAUCCAACUGCUUACCCCCAUCCCAUUCACCCAAAUGUGAUUGUGUGGGACCUUCCUGGGAUCGGAACAACGAAUUAUCCAACAGAAACAUAUGCAGAAGAUGUGAGCCUUGACCGCUAUGAUUUUUUCAUCAUCAUCGCAGCCGGGCGCUUCCUAGAAACUGAUAGCCACCUUGCCAAAGAAAUCAACAAGAUGGGAAAGAAGUUUUAUUUUGUCCGCACCAAGGUAGAUGUGGACUUGGCUAAUGAAAAAAAAAGUCAUGAUUUUAAAGAGGAGAAAACUCUACAUGUAAUCAGAAGUGACUGCAUGGAGCAGCUACAAAAAGCAGGCAUCAUUUCCCCACAAGUUUUCCUGGUGUCGAGAUGGGACUUUGACAAGUACGAUUCUCCCCUACUGCAGGAGGUUUUGGCAAAUGAUCUUGACACUCACAGAAGACACGUUCUCAUCUGUGCCCUGCCCAGAACCUCUGAAGAAAUCUUGAAAGAGAAACAGAAGGCCCUGCAGGAACAGAUCUGGAAACAAGCCCUGAAGUCAUGCGCUCUCGCUGCUGUUCCUCUCCCAUAUCUCUCGGUUAAGUGCGAUGUUGACAUCUUGGUGGAGAACAUGAGAGAGUAUUGCAAGUGCUUUGGCCUGGUGGAUGAUUCCAUCGAAUCACUUGCUAGGCAGGUUGGGAAGUCUGUUGCUGAGCUGAAGUCUGAGAUAAAGUGCCCUCUGGCCAAAGAUAUAACAAGAGAAGAGGCUUUGAAGCGUCUCAGAGAGGCUACAGGGGAAGGUAUGAUGACAGUUAAAUAUUUUAUCAGUGUGGUACCACUGAUUGGCACUGGGAUAGCAGCAAAGAGAUCGUACAGUGUCACCUUUGAAGUGCUACAUACAUUUUUGGAUGAAGUUGCAGAAGAUGCUCAACGAGUCCUGAAAAAGGCUUUGGAGGGAGCAGAGAAUAACUAA